GCGUCUUCCCAUCUCCCUGAUCCCCUGCCUUGAGAAGAUCGAAUGCCGCCCCGUUCACAGACGCGUUGUCGGUCGUGAGCGCCAUACACCGCCCGGCAAGCCCCCAAUCCUCGAUCACAUCCUCCAGGAUGUUGGCGACCAUCCUCGCUGUGUGGCCGGCAGGAAGAGGCCUGAAGUCCAACGUCGCCUGCUUCAGGGUCCACUGUGCAUCGAUGUAAUGCGCAGUGACGCCCAUGAAACCGAUGUCGUUCUCCGCCGACCAAAUGUCCGUCGUGUAGGAGAUCGCACCCACCCCCUUGUCAGCCGCCAACUCAGCCUUGGCCAACUCCUUGCACUGUGCCGCCUGUCGCAUGAUGAGACGAGCCAGCUUGUGCCGCGAAGGAAUGACUCCCGGCUGAGCAAGCCGGGGGUUGGCCUCACCCAUGAGGCGGCGGAACUGAUGGAAGGCGAGAAAGGGUGAAAGAAAGAGGUGAGGCCAUGACGAGUGGAUGGCGAGGAAGGGAUGUACCAAACAGGAUAACGUGACACAAGAACACGCCGUGGGGAGGGUGGCUGGGACUCACACUGUCUCGCUCGACUGUGCAAAACGCAGAGUCGGUGUCGACAAUGUACUCGACGAGCAGCUGCUCCCAGCGCGGCAGGUCAAGGGGUUUCUGCAUGUAACGCAUAAUCCCGCGCCCCCUCUCCCGGCCGACCGAAGGCCCGUCAUCCUCCGCGUCCUCCAACUUGGGCCAAUAUGCCGAUCCCCACCAGGUACUGCCCCCGUCGGGGACCUCUCCGUCCCCAAACCCCCCCUUUGGUAGCUGGUCCCCGACCUUCAUUUCCCCCUCCCGCCUUAGCCGCAUCAAGAUGUCCCAAUGAGCCCUGUGGUAACCAACCAUGUGGGACCGCCCGUUCGACGUGGUGCGGCUCGCGAAGCUCACUAGGAAGUUGCACAUCCUACACCUCCUCCAACCCGGUGCCGCCUCCUCCAUGUCAAAACAAGCCGCAACACACAGUCGAGGUUCCUUCUCCACCUCCGUGGAGGAGCCCACAUGACCCUGGUCAGUCGCCCCAUGACCCUCACCCCGGCCACCUCCCGCCCUUCCCCCCCCCCUCCCGGCAUCCGUGGGAGCCCGGGCCGCACCUCGGACCCUCCCUCCUCCCCCUCCGCUCCCCUGCGCCUCGUGGAGGUAUCCGGGUGACAUGCCAGGCCUGCCGACAUCCUCGCGCAGCAGUCCCUUCCGCCCCCUGGGCCGGCCACGGGGGCGGCCCCUGGGCGCCCCCCCCAACCCCCCAUCUCCCUCUGCAGGUUUACGUGCCUUCUUCCCCGAAGAACCGACCGAGGGAGAAGGCCCGUCAUCCACCUUGCGCUUCCCCUUCUCCUCGCCGCCAGCUCCCCCAUCCUCCUCCCCAUCCCCCUCCUCCUCCGCCACAACGUCGUCGUCAUCACCCUCCUCCUCCUCAGCUUGCUCCUCAUCCCCCUCCUCAUAGGCAGUCCGCACCCCCUCCGCCGAUGCUCGGAUCCGCCAAGCAUCCCCGUCCUCCGCCUCAUCCCUAACGGCCGCCUUGCCCGCAAGGGCGGGCUCCGUUGCGACGGCCGCGCCACUCCCCUGCGUCCCAAUCCCGCCGUUGCCUGGGGCUCCUCCCAUGUGCCCGUCGCCUUCCACCCCUAGAGAGGUACCCGCCUUAAUCCCCUGCAGCUUCGCGAAUGCCGCCUCCGUUAGCAUCCUGCGCUGCGCGCGUGCUUCCUUGCCAGUCAAUGCGUGCGCUCCAGUCUGGGCAUCCGGUACUGGACCUGCUGAUACUCAAGUCAACCCCUUUUCCUUUCCCCCUUCCUCCUUCCCUUGUUGCGGUCUACCAGGCAUGCUGGACGUGCUAUCUGACUCUCAUCUCUCUAAAAGUCAGCACUCUGACUUGAGCACGGCACGUUCAUCCGCCCUGAAGGUGCUGAAGCUGGUGAAUCAGGUGCUGGACCUGUCCAAGCUCGAGGUGGGCCGAAUGCAGCUGGAGAGCGGCGGGUUCGACGUGCACGCGUGGGUGGAGGGGGAGGUGCGCCGGCGAUGGGGCGAGGCCAGGGAGAGAAACGUGCACUUGGCAGCAGUGGUGGAUCCCAGUGUGCCGCCACAGCUGGUGGGAGACCAGUUACGACUCGCUCAGGCACUCUCGCAAGUCAUGGACUAUGCCUUGUCAUUCACACCCCAUGGGGGCUACGUGCUGGUUCGUGUAACUGUGGCCGAUUCUAUCGUCCCUAUGACUCAGCUUGCCCAGUUAAAUGAGACCUGUGCUGCAGCUUGCAGCACUAGGGUAAUAACACUGAUCGACCCUUAUAGCGCGACGAAAACCGGGGAUGAUGACACGGCAGCAGCAACAGCAGCAGCAGCAGCUUGUGUUGCUGAUAGUUCUGGGCUGCGCAGUGACCGACAGUGCUAUUGGCAUGCAUCCAAUGUUCAAAGUUCUGGCGGUUGCAUGGGCAGCCAUGGUUUCUGCAAAGGUGGUAACCGUCCUGUCAGUGUGGCUGGCAACCGUGCUGUGAACAUGCGUGGUAACCGUGCGUGCAAAGGGGAGAAGGGAGCAGCAGCAGCAGCAGCAGCAGCAGCAGCAUCAGGCCAGAUGCAGCUGGUGAUAACGUGUGAGCAUAGCGGGUGUGACAACAGCGAGACCAUGAAUGCAUUCAUGUUUCGAUUUGAGGAGAUGCGGAGCUUGCAGGAGGGAGCCGAGGAAGCUGCUGCGAAGCUCAGCCUUGUGCUGGCCAAACAACUGGUGACUCUAAUGAAGGGUGACAUCAGCUGCAAGGUCGAUCCUGCUACAGGAACAGCAUUCACCCUCGCGAUACCUGUGCUCUCUGCCCCGCCGCUACCCCAGACAACCCUUCCCCAGUCAACCAUUCCCCAGAUAACCCUUCCUCAGACAAACCUUCCCCAGACGAAUUUGCCUGUUGCCAAGACCGUUUUUCCCCCUGCUGCUCCUGCUGCGGCUGUAGCUGGAGAGGCGGGUGUGCCUACAGAUGUACAUAUGGAGGGCGACAGUACAGCGCACAUGCAUGGCGAUGGUGCUGUAGAUACGGCUGGCAACGGUGCAGCACACAUGAGAGGCGUGGGAAUCUAUGGUGGGGACAUGCCGCACAACUCCAGUGGAUGCCUGGGCGUGGAUGCCUCAGGUCGUUCUGGUUUUGCGGUGCUGGUGGUGCUGGUGGUGCUGGUGGAUCGUCACAAGGAAAGGGCAAAGCUAACCGCCCGUGUGCUGGCUCACCUAGGGGCGUCAGUUCUGCUGGCUUCUGAUGAGCACGCUGCAGCUAGGCUCAUAGCUGAUCCUCACGCCUUCCACCAGCAAUCGAAUCAUUUCAGCUCCCACCAGCACUUAGCUAAGUUCUGUGGGAAGCCGCUGGUGGUGGUAGUGAGUGGGGAAGCUGGUCUGAGGCGGUUCAGGCAGGCCUGUGAUCGGUUAGGGGAACAGCAGCAGCAGCAGCAGCAGCAGCAGCAGCACCACCACCACCACCACCACCACCACCACCACCACCAGCAUCAACAGCAGCGGCAGCAGCAAAUGGGGAAGCUUCUACCCCUGUCUGGCUGUGUUGUGCUUGUAGAGAGGCGUGACAGUACAGAAGGGGCAAUGGAGCAGGUUGCAGAGAGUUCAGACAGGGACGAGAUUGAAGCAGACAGUUUGCACUCUUCAGCCGAGUCUGCAACUCCGGACAAGUCUUCCCAGGCACCACUAGAAUCUCACCCUCUUCCGUGUGAACCACGGGUACUUGAGGCUGGUGCGGUGCAUGGCGCUAGCACCUUUGGAGGGGUUCCAGUGGUGCUGUGCCAACUGCCCCUCUUCUCCCACCGCCUACUCGCUGCUGUUCAGGCUCUUUCCAUGCCCUUGCUCCACCCGUCUGACGUAGCAGCAGUAGCACAGCCAGCAGUUGCUGCUUCUUCACCGACAAAUCUGCCUGCUACAGCUGCUACAGCUGCUGCAGCUGCUACAUCUACCAAUGCUUCUCUUGCUACAGAUUCAUUGGCUGUUGCUCCCACCAGUGCCACCAGUGACAGUUUAGGAAAGAGGAUGUCACUAGUUGAGGGCAGGGGGAGGGGCGAAGGGGGAGAAGGAGUAGCAGCUGCAGUAGGGAAAGCAGGGGGGGGAGGAGGAGCAGAAGCACCAGGAGGAGAAGGGAGAGAUGUUCUAAAUGGACUGAGAAUUUUGGUGGUGGACGACACGGGUGUGAACCUGGUGGUGGCCCGCCGCACUCUGAGUCGAUGCGGCGCCGCUGUGGCCACGGCAGGCAGCGGGGUGGACGCAGUGAGGCGGGUGAAGGAGGCUCUGGCUGUUGACAAGGGUGCUGCUGCUGAAACUGAUGAGAGCAAGGCGUUGGAUGUGGUGCUGAUGGACCUGCAGAUGCCAGGCAUGGAUGGGUUCGCAUCAACCAAGGCAAUCCGACAAAUGGAAGCAGAAGCAGCAGCAGCAGCAGCAGAGAGCGCAGCAGGGAGCACCGCAGAGAUAGCAGAACAGCAGAGCCAGGUUGGUGUGGGUAGCCAUGCAGGACGAGACUCAGGAGAAGAUUAUAGAGGUGGUUGUACGUCUGAUUCAAGGCCAGGUUCAACAGCAGUUGAUUCUACAGCAAGGUCCCGAUGCAUAGAUGUCGGUUCCAGCAACCACACUCUGGUUGCCAGUACCGCUAAAAGCAUUGGAGGCGCACAUGUCAACAGCACGAGGCCAUUGGUUAUCAUUGCGCUGACUGCUGACGUGGAUGCAGAGGUCACUCGGCAGUGCCUUGCUGGUGGCUUCCAUGGCAUCCUGCAGAAGCCCAUCCAGCCCUCUGCUCUCCGCAUGCUGCUGCAACCGCUGGUUGGUCAUUGAUGCUGUUACCAGCAACAACAAUGUGGUUACUGGUGUCAACAUAUAAUUUGUACAUGUUACAGGCUAGUUAGGUGCAUGCUCAUAUAGAGUAUUACCCCUUAGGUUAUAUCCCCUUGUACCACCUCAUUCUAA